AUCAAAUACGAGCUAAUAAGUUUUUGAAAGUUUCAAUAUUGUAAAAUGAUCAAUUCUGUGCAAUAUAACAACAAAGACGGCGUACAAUUGGGAACAGAAGGAUCACCACCAGCGCCGCAAUUCCCGACUGGCACGGUAAAAGUAUUGUGCACACAUGAUGGAGUUUUACUGCGAAAAGGCAGUGUAGAGCACAUCGCCGAUCUAAAUACUAGUGGCUCACUAUCGGUAAUUAGUUAUGAUAUACCACGUCGCCUAUACAUUGAGUGGCGACCAAAUGACAACAUACUUGUUUCCGACGACAGUCAGGAUUGGGCAGUUGUGGAUACAAUACCCAGACGUUCACGCACAAUUUCCGAAUGUAAGGCAUUCAACAUUAAGCCCAAUCCAGAUUCCACUACAUCGAACAAGCCACGUUUGAUACGCACCCUACUUGAUAAUCUGAGUUCAAUAAUUGUGAAAGACCGUGGUCAAGUAAUAUGCUUGAUACAGAAAAGCGACAGUAAUGUGAAUAGUGAAUUCUUUUUUCAACACGGCAAUGCCGAUCAAUUUUUGAAAUCCAUGUGUGAUCAACACAUAAUUGAACACACGUACAGCAGGCUGGAUGGAAGUACAGAAUAUAUUGUACUCAAUACGGAAACACAACAAUUAAAACGCACAUUUGCCGAAUUGAACAUUGACGAUCUGAAGAAUACAGAAUUGAAGAAGGACAAAGGCUGGGUGAGAAAUACGUGGACUGGACUACUUGUAACGCUACCCGACAUAGCUGCGGGUGUUAAGGGCAGUGCUCCGAGAAAUUACGCCACGCGUAACAAACAUUUGGGCAACAAUGACGAAAUACGUAGCUGCAGCAGCAGUAGUGAGAGCCAAUCACCGGUUGAUGGUGAGCUGGAAAAUGUUAAAGAAGAGGAUGAAAAGAUAAUCAACACAUUGCCUGAGCGACCCGUGGUUGAGCGAACAAAGCCGUUAAAUGAAGCACAAUGGUUGGAGUUCCAGUCAGCAGAUGGUCGCAUUACCGAUGUUGCCGCUAUUAAGAACAUCAUAUUCCGUGGUGGCAUACACUAUAAUUUACGCGCCGUAGUUUGGAAAUAUCUGCUGAACUACUAUCGUUGGGAUGAAACUGAAGUUGAACGCAUACAACGUUACAAACAAAAGUCUAAAGAAUAUUAUACUAUGAAAGCGCAGUGGCUCUCGAUGACCGCCACACAAGAGGAGCACUUCAGCGGUUUUCGUGAUCGCAAAUGUCAAAUUGAGAAGGACGUAAAACGUACCGAUCGUACAUUGGACUUCUUUGCUGGUGAAGAUAAUCCAAAUUUGAUGGUACUACAAGGCAUACUCAUGACCUAUGUCAUGUACAAUUUUGAUUUGGGCUAUGUGCAGGGCAUGUCUGAUCUACUAGCGCCCAUACUCUCCAUACAGGGCAACGAAGUGGAUGCAUUUUGGUGUUUCGUCGGUUUCAUGGAUAUGGUGUAUGCCAAUUUUGACAUGGAUCAGGCAGGCAUGAAAAUACAAUUCAAUCAACUGCGUCGUUUGGUUGAGUUUUGCAAUCCGCGCUUUUUUAAAUAUAUGGUCAUGCAUGAGGCAGAUAAUAUGUUCUUCUGUUUUCGUUGGCUGCUUGUUUGGUUUAAACGUGAAUUCUCCAACGAUGAUGUGCUAAAGCUGUGGGAGUGCCUUUGGACUGGUUUACCCUGUCCCAAUUUUCAUUUAUUCAUAUCAGUGGCCAUAUUGGACCAACAAACCGAUAUCAUAAUCGAAAACAAAUACCAAUUCAAUGAGAUUUUGAAACACAUCAACGAGCUGACGAAUCGCAUCGAUGUGAAGCGUACUUUGGAAAUCGCCGAGUCAAUUUAUCUGCAAAUCAAGGCAGUCGAGGACUUGCCAAACGAUAUUCGCCAAAUUAUUGGUGAGCCCGUAACAGACUCGGAGAAUGGCGAAGAACACUCUGGCACGGGUACUGAUUUUGUCGAUGAUUUGUAUGAAUUGGUGCGUACACCAGAAACGGAUCGGCGUAUGGAAGAGCAAUUCGAGGAGGCGUGUGAACGUUCCAUGUUUUUAAACUACACAUAGACAACAGCAUUGUGUGGUUCAAUAAACCACUAUUAUUCAUCGUGUUUAGUUGUUAAAUAUAAUGACGACUAAGUGUGUGUUUUUUAAGCAAAACAACCGCAACCAGACCAGUUGUUGAUGUGUGCUCCAUUUUACAAUGUAUUUAUGAGUCAUACUUUGCCAAUUUGCCUGUGGUUAAUUUGCCUUAAGUUUUAUACGUGUAAUCGAUGUUAUCAGCAAGUAUAAACGUGCAUAGCAGUUUUUUACGUAAUCAAACUCGAAAUUCCAAUAUUUUUGUAUAUGCUAUGUAUGUGUGUAUGCAGCACUGUAUCUACAGCUGUCAAAUGACGAACUUUUUAAUUAUACUAUUUACUACCCUAUGAUUCAUCAAACGAAAAUCGUCUUAUUGUGAUCGGAAAUUUCUAAAUUGUAUUUUUUUUUUGUAUACAAAUGUAUGUAUGUAAACAUAUAUGUAUGCUUUAUUUUAUUAAAAAAUUCAUAUCAAAUCAAUGUAAUCAAA